AUGGCGCCUCUGCUGCCCCCUGUUGGCUCGGAGGUCUUCAGACGCUUCACACCUGCCUCGCUCACCGAAAUACAACGACGACAGGAAGUCGAGGAGAAAGAGCACCAACGCAGGAAGGAGAGGAACAUCGAGAUAGCGGAGGAGAAUCUUCCUAAACCGUCUAGUGACCUUGAGGCCGGGAAGCCCCUCCCCUUCAUCUAUGGGGACCCGCCCCCUGAGUUACUCAACGUCCCAUUGGAGGAGCUGGAUCCCUUCUACCAAUCACAGAAGACCUUCAUCGUCCUGGGGAAGGGGAACGUCCUGUACCGGUUUAACGCCGAGCCGUCCUGUUACCUGCUGAGUCCGUUUAACCGUUUGAGGACAGCCGCCAUCCGGGUCCUGAUCCACUCUUUAUUCAGUUACUUCAUCAUGGUGACGAUUCUGGCCAACUGCGCCUUCAUGACCAUGAGCGACCCUCCAGCCUGGAGCAAGACCGUGGAAUAUGUCUUCACCUUCAUCUACACGUUUGAGGCGACGGUCAAAGUUGUCUCCAGAGGAUUCUGCCGGGGCGGCUUCACCUUCCUCAAAGACCCCUGGAACUGGCUGGACUUCAUGGUCAUCAGCAUGGCAUACCUGACAGAGUUUGUAGAUUUGGGGAAUGUUUCUGUGUUGAGGACAUUCAGAGUCCUUCGAGCUCUGAAAACGAUCACAGUCAUCCCAGGUCUGAAGACGAUCGUUGGCGCUCUGAUCCAGUCGGUGAAGAAGCUGGCUGACGUAAUGAUCCUGACGUUGUUCUGCCUGUGCGUCUUCGCUCUGAUUGGUCUGCAGCUCUUCAUGGGAAACCUUCGCCAGAAGUGUGUCCUGGAGCCGCCGCUGUCGCCUAGCAACCACACGGCUGACAUUUACCUCAACAACAGUUACUAUGGCAACGACACCCAUGGCAACACUACAGGGAAGAGUGACUUUGAUUACUACGAGUUCAUCAACAACCCAGAGAACUACUACUACCUAUCUGGUCAGCUGGAUCCUCUGCUGUGUGGAAACAGUUCUGACUCCGGGGUCUGUCCAGACGGGUACGUCUGCUUGAAGGCGGGGGGAAACCCAAACUACGGCUACACCAGCUAUGACACUUUUGGUUGGGCGUUCCUUUCUCUGGUCCGACUGAUGACCCAGGACUACUGGGAGAACCUCUUCCACCUGACACUACGAGCAGCAGGUAAAACUUACAUGAUCUUCUUCGUGGUCAUCAUCUUCCUCGGGUCGUUCUACCUCAUUAACCUCAUCCUGGCCGUGGUUGCCAUGGCGUACGCGGAGCAGAACGAGGCGACGAUGGCAGAGGCCAAGCAGAAGGAGGAGGAGUACGCCCAGAUCCUGGAGGUGCUGAGGAAACGAGAGGAGGAGGUCAGGUUGUUGUUACAGCAGGCAGUCAGCAGGGCAGAACAAGACUCAGCAUCCCAGAACAAGACUUCCUCUGCAGAAACAGGACAAAAUGAAGAGAUGAAGACAUGGACCUGUUGUGUUUCAGACUUUGUGGACGAGCAGAGACCGUGUCCUCCCUGCUGGUACGCCUGCUCCGACAUCUUCCUGAAGUGGAACUGUUGUGGCUGCUGGCGGUGGAUCAAGAGGUGGCUGUACGUGGUGGUGAUGGACCCGUUUGUGGACCUGGGCAUCACCAUCUGCAUCGUGCUCAACACUGUCUUCAUGGCCAUGGAGCACUACCCCAUGGACCAGGACUUCGAGGAGCUUCUGAGUGUCGGAAAUCUGGUGUUCACAGGGAUCUUCACAGCUGAGAUGGUUCUGAAGCUCCUUGCCAUGGACCCGUACUACUACUUCCAGGUGGGCUGGAACAUCUUCGACAGCAUCAUCGUCACCAUGAGUCUGGUGGAGCUGGGAUUGGCCGACGUCCAGGGCCUGUCGGUGCUGCGGUCCUUCCGAUUGAUGCGGGUCUUUAAACUGGCCAAGUCGUGGCCGACCCUGAACAUGCUGAUAAAGAUCAUCGGGAACUCGGUGGGGGCUCUGGGGAACCUGACACUGGUCCUGGCCAUCAUCGUGUUUAUCUUCGCCGUGGUCGGCAUGCAGCUGUUCGGGAAGAACUACAAGGACUGCGUCUGUCGCAUCUCUGCCGACUGUGAGCUCCCUCGCUGGCACAUGGAUGACUUCUUCCAUGCCUUCCUCAUCAUCUUCAGGGUCCUGUGCGGAGAGUGGAUCGAGACCAUGUGGGACUGCAUGCAGGUCUCUGGCGAGGCCAUGUGUCUGAUCGUCUUCAUGAUGGUCCUUGUCAUCGGAAACCUGGUGGUCCUGAACCUGUUCCUGGCCCUGUUGCUGAGCUCAUUCAGCGGGGAUAAUCUCGCCGCUCCAGAAGAAGAAGGAGAAAACAACUUGCAGAUUGCCAUAAACCGGAUCAGUCGGGCUGUGGCCUGGACAAAGACCUGGAUCCUGGAUCAUCUCUGGACUUUAAUGGGAAAGAAGAACUACAUAAACCCGGAUCACAUGGUGGUCGACAGCGAGGAAGACGAUAAGACGACAAAGGAGUUUCUGGCUUUGACCUUUGUGGCCCCAGAGUUCAAGUCCCCUGACUGUAUUCAUGGCAACCUGACCAGCAACUACCACAACAUCGGCUGCCUGCAGGUCCCCAUCGCUGCCGCUGAGUCCGACGAGGAGGAGGAGGAGGAAGAGGAGGAAGAGGAAGAGGAGGAGAAGGAGGAGGAGGAGAAGCACUCCCAGGGCGACGAGUCGUCAGUCUGCAGCACUGUACAGAAACCUCCUGAAGUUCAGGAGAACCAAGAGGAUGAAGAUCAGGAUGCAGACACACCUGAGGACUGCUACGGUCCAAAAUGUUACCGCCGGUGUCCUCUCCUGGACUUAGACCCGUCCCAGGGCCACGGGAAGGUCUGGACUAACGUCAGGAGAACCUGUUUCUCCAUCGUAGAACACAACUACUUUGAGACGUUUAUCAUCUUCAUGAUCCUGCUGAGCAGCGGAGCUCUGGCGUUUGAGGACAUCUACCUGGAGCAGCGUCGGGCCAUAAAGACGGUCCUGGAGUAUGCUGACCAGGUGUUCACCUACGUGUUCGUGGUGGAGAUGAUUCUGAAGUGGGUCGCCUACGGCUUCAAGGUGUACUUCACCAAUGCCUGGUGCUGGCUCGACUUCCUCAUCGUCGACGUGUCUCUGGUGUCUCUGACUGCUAACAUCCUGGGGUACUCUGAGCUGGGGGCCAUCAAGUCUCUGAGGACCCUGAGAGCUCUGAGGCCCCUGAGGGCCCUGUCUCGCUUUGAGGGCAUGAGGGUGGUGGUGAACGCUCUGGUCGGGGCAAUCCCGUCCAUCUUCAACGUUCUGCUCGUGUGUCUGAUCUUCUGGCUGAUCUUUGGCAUCAUGGGAGUCAAUCUGUUCGCCGGGAAGUUUUAUUACUGUUAUAACGAAACAUCCGAGGAGUAUUUCACCCCCCAACAAGUCAACAACAGGACCGAGUGUUUUGCUCUGAUCGAGGCCAACGCCACUGAAGUGCGCUGGAAGAACAUCAAGGUGAACUACGACAACGUGGGGAUGGGCUACCUGUCGCUGCUGCAGGUGGCCACGUUCAAAGGCUGGAUGGACAUCAUGUACGCCGCCGUGGACUCCAGAGACGUGGAGUCCCAGCCGGAGUAUGAGGCCAAUCUGUACAUGUACCUUUACUUUGUGAUCUUCAUCAUCUUCGGCUCGUUCUUCACUCUGAACCUCUUCAUCGGAGUCAUCAUCGACAACUUCAACCAGCAGAAGUCAAAGUUGGGAGGAAAAGACAUUUUCAUGACGGAGGAGCAGAAGAAAUAUUACAACGCCAUGAAGAAGCUGGGCUCAAAGAAACCCCAGAAACCUGUUCCUCGGCCAGAGAAUAAGUUCCAGGGUCUGGUCUUCGACCUGGUGACCACGCAGGUCUUCGACAUCUUCAUCAUGGUGCUAAUCUGCCUGAACAUGGUUACGAUGAUGGUGGAGACGGACGAGCAGAGCGCAGAGAAGGUGCUGAUCCUGUACUGGGUCAACCUGGUCUUCAUCGUGGUCUUCACCACCGAGUGCUGCCUGAAGAUGGUAGCGCUGCGGCAGCACUACUUCGCCGUCGGCUGGAACAUCUUCGACUUCGUGGUUGUCAUCCUGUCCAUCGUAGGCCUCCUCCUUGCUGACAUCAUAGAGAAGUAUUUUGUGUCACCCACGCUCUUCCGUGUGAUCCGAUUGGCUCGUAUUGGACGGGUCCUUCGGCUGAUUCGUGGAGCGAAGGGGAUCCGGACGCUACUGUUCGCCCUGAUGAUGUCACUUCCUGCCCUGUUUAACAUCGGGCUGCUCCUCUUCCUCAUCAUGUUCAUCUUCUCCAUCUUCGGCAUGUCGAACUUCGCCUAUGUGAGGAAGGAGGCCAUGAUCGACGACAUGUUCAACUUUGAGACGUUUGGGAACAGCAUGAUCUGCCUGUUCAUGAUCACCACGUCGGCCGGUUGGGACGGCCUGCUGAACCCCAUCAUGAACACCCCGCCGGACUGCGACCCGGAUCUGGAGAACCCAGGCUCGGCAGUGCGGGGGGACUGCGGCAGCUCAGGGAUCGGCAUCGUCUUCUUCACCACCUACAUCAUCAUGUCCUUCCUGGUGGUGGUCAACAUGUACAUCGCCAUCAUCCUGGAGAACUUCAACGUGGCCACGGAAGAGAGCGCUGACCCACUUUGCGAGGACGACUUUGAGAUGUUCUACGAGACUUGGGAGAAGUUCGACCCGGAUGCCUCGCAGUUCAUACAGUACAGCAAGCUCUCAGACUUCUGUGACACUCUGAAGGAUCCUCUGAGGAUUCCCAAACCAAACACCAUCAAACUGAUCCACAUGGAUCUGCCUCUGGUCCCUGGAGACAAAAUCCACUGUCUGGACAUCCUGCUGGCUCUCACUGCACAGGUUUUGGGUGAUUCUGGAGAGAUGGACGCUCUCAAAGCGUCGAUGGAGGAGAAGUUCAUGGCCAACAACCCGUCCAAGGUGUCGUACGAACCAAUUAGCAGCACUCUGCGCAGGAAACAGGAAGACGUGGCGGCAACAGUGAUCCAGCGAGCAUACAGGAAGCACCUCCUGCAGCGGACGGUCAAACUGGCGUCUUACAGAUACCGUGAGAAGACGGAGGGACGGCGAGACAACCUGCCACCGCCAGAGACAGAAGGACUCCUCUGUAAACGGAUCAGUCAGCUGUACGGAGACGGCGAGGAGCCGGCGGGAGAUCCCCGGGCCCCAGUGGAGCUCCAGAGGGAGGUACUGCUCCACGCCGCCCCGCUCCACGCUGCCCUGCUCCACGCCGCGCCGCCCCUCACCACCGCCGACUUCCUGCGAGACGAGAACCUGAGGGAGUCUCUGGUCUGAGGCAGCUGAUGCAUUGUGGGAACUCACCUGUGGACUCCAAAGACUAUCGGCCCGCUCUGCGCUUUUCAUCACUGCGUUUUAAUUUUCUGUGUGCAGAGCUAUUAUUAUUAUUAUUAUUGUUACAAUUACUAACAAUGUUAUUGUAUCAUCAGUGAAGCAGCUGAUCUCACCUGUCCAGGUGUCAAAGUGUUCAGAUGAACAUUUGAUCACAUGACGUCAUUCAGCGGUCGAAUCUAAUCAACCGUUUGUCCAUCUGUGACAUCAGCAGCCUCAUAUCUGCUCUGGUUUCCUGUCACAUGCUUCCUGUCACCUGCUCACGUGCACACCUGUCUCAUCUGUCUCCCUCAGCCUGCAGGUUGUCUGUCCGUCAGCCUGACAUCUGUCUGUGUCGCCUGAAUGCAGAUCUGUUCCGCAGACAGAAAUGUGUGUUUGAAAUGAAAGCUUCAGCUAUGAUUGACAGGGCAGACAGCCAAUAGGAGAACAGCCUGUGAACAGGUGGUUAAAGAUGUUUGAUAUUCAGACUUGACAGAAGACACUUCACUUUUUAUAGUUUCAUGUUUCAUCACAUUUGCUUGUGUUAGCACACUGUUAGCAUGCUAUUAGCACACUGUUAGCACGCUGUUAGCACAUUGUUAGCACACUGUUAGCAUGCUGUUAGCAGACUAUUAGCAUGCUGAGAUUUAAUCAUCAGUUCUUUUUUAUCUUCCCUUUCCACUAAAACUCUGCAGAUAAAACACUCGAUGCUGAUUGGUGGAUUCAGCUCUUUAUGUGCUGCAGGUAGACAGGUGAGCCAGCCAAUGAGAGGUCAGAAUGAACCAGUUAGCAGCCAAUCAGAAUGGUGAUCAUGUGCCAGCUGUUUUUUGUUAUUGUCCGAUAGCUGGUUGCCAUGGAGACGGUCUGACAGAAACUCUGUAUUUAUUACAUUAACAGGUUAAAGUGAACACUUUAAAUCUUUACUGGAGCUGGAACAAAAAUAUUAACAACGUAACUUCAGUUAAUAUAAUAAUGUAAUAAUCAGUGAUAAUCAGAUUUAUAAAUAUAUAUAUUUAUAUUAUUGUCACAUAU